AUGAUUAGCGAUACAUCCUUUUACACCUCCAACACCCUUGUGGCGCUUACACACACUCUGACCAAGGUGCUUGAAGUCUUUCCGUCUUUCGAGUCGUGGUCAUCCUAUAUCACCUAUUUAUCUGUAUUUCUUGGCUCGUUGAUUGCGGUGCCUAUCCUCCUUCUCAUCGUACUCGACUUUGUCGUCUACUCCUUGGGGCAUGCAUGCUACGCCUGCGCCAAGGGCACCGACUUUGAAUAUUUGGUCGAGGGUGUCAUCUCGGACUUCAUCUCUGCUGGGAAGGAUGCCCCUAAAGCGUCAGUGGUCAAUCCUUCAACCAAUACAGGACUCCCAUGGUUCAGCGUGGAAUCUGUCUUGGUUUCGUUGUCGGUCUUAUUUAAGUCGAUGUACAGCUUGAACCAGAGCCCUCCUCCGACCGCGCCUGUCUCCAGACCGUCGUUCACGUCGCUCGUGUCCUUGGCCUCCUCCCAAUUCUCGUUCCGCAGCUAUUCCUUGUCGUCCACCACUGUUAACGACGAUGAAAGACACACCAUUCCUGAGCUAUCGUCGUCCUCCCCACGUCUGCAGACCUCUACCGGUCUUAACAAAUAUGUCAUCGAUGCGAUGCAGAUGAUCAAUCGUAUGCGCGAGGAGAAACGCCAAAAGAAGCAGGCUAUCGGUGAGAAGGAGAGCAUCAUCUACGAGAAGUGCUGGUAG